AUGUCGGGGGAUUUGGUGGCCACGCUGAAGGAGAAGAACAAGAAGAACCCCGUGGUCGUGUACUCCAAGACCUACUGCCCAUACUGUGCGGAGGUGAAGAGCCUGUUCCAGAAGCUCAAGGUGGACGCCAAGGUCAUUGAGCUGGACAGCCUGGCCGACGGCAACGACGUUCAGCAGGCGCUCUUCGAGGUGGUGGGCAAGAAGACGGUGCCUCAGGUGUUUGUGGGUGGCCAGCACAUCGGCGGCUGCGACGACACAAUGGCUGCCAAUGACAGCGGCAAGCUCAAGGAGAUGCUGAAGGAGGCUGGCCUGAGCGUCGCCUGA